CUCUCGACACCAUGAUCCAUUUCUACGACAUUGACGAUGCCGAGGGCAAACCGUGGUCCCCGAACACACAGCGGAUCCUCUACGCACUCGUCUACUCGAAGCGGCCGUUCGUCCGGCAUGGCGUGCCCAUGGUUGACAUCGCCAAGGUGCUCGUCCCACUGGGUGCCAAGGCACACGAGGACGAGAACGAGGAGGUGCCCUACACACUCCCGGCCAUCACCGACGACGAUGCGCCGCAACUCGGCGUCAUCAUGGGUACCUUUGCCAUUGUCGAGCACCUGGGUCUCUGGCCCGGCAGCGACGAGGUACAGGCGCUCACUCGGCGUUAUCGAUCGGCCGUCUCUGUGAUCCGCGAGCGUGAAGCCACCAUGUUCAUCGUUCCCUACGUGCCGGCCCGACUCGAACCGCGGAGCGCCGAGUACUUUGUCACGUCGCGCAAUGCACGUUUUGCGCCCAAGACGCUCGACGACUUCAUUGCCGCGCAGGCCGCCCUGGACCACGGCGAGGAGCUUGGGCACAGGCUGUUCACCAGUCUCGCCGACGUCGUGGCUGAAUGGAAGCAGGGCCAUGCUCCUUCUUCGGCGGAGGAAGCGACGCCCUACUGCCUCGGCAAGGAGCCGUGCUACAUUGACUUUUGCAUUGCUUCCUUUGUCUUUUGGGUCUCUUCCAUUCGCGGGGCCACCAUUGCCGAGCGAGCACUGGACGCGUGCGCCAACGGCGCAUCACUGCGAGCGCUCUACGGGACGGUGCAAGCGAACUUUGGUCAGGAGCCGUAUGGCCGUCCUGCGAAAUAAGACUCGGGGCCGCAGCGCGCACAACGCACCGAAGUGCUCAUCACUGGGUGGUCUGAUCAGGCAGACAAGACGACGACGACGUAGCCAGCAUCGUAGCAAGGCGCCUAGAUCGACAAGGGACCGGCAUGGCUUGCACUGCCUUGGGCUUUGUCUGACUGACUGCCUCUGCUUUAUUCCCUAGAAGCCCUGUUAUCUCCUCUUUUAAUACACUGUUGUGCUCCCUUUCGUCGCCUGGUUGACUGGGGGCACGAAUGGCC